GAGAGAGCGACUGAGCUGCGGUGUCAUGCUUGUUUCCGGUCACCCAGUCCAGGUUGUCUGUGGCAUGUGCCGGUGAAGGUCGGAGAGGUGUCAGUGUGUGUGUUUUGAUACGGAAGCAUUGGCGUGUGGUAAUCAAGGCCCGAGCUGUUAAUUCUAUUAUUUGUAUAGCCAUGUCUAAGGCUUCUCGGGCUGUUAAAGCUGCAAAGAAAACAGAUGUUGCUGGUGUGAUUCGAGCAGUCUUAGGUGCUGGGCAGGCUGCACCAGGACCCCCUCUAGGACCCAUCUUGGGACAGAGAGGAAUACCAAUUGGACAGUUUUGUAAGGAGUUUAAUGAGAAGACCAAAGACAUUAUUGAAGGAGUCCCUUUGCGUGUAAAGAUCUUUGUUAAUCCUGAUAGAACGUACCAAAUAAAGAUUGGGCUGCCACCUACGUCAUACUUCCUUAAAUCUGCUGCUGGCAUUGAAAAAGGUGCUUCGCAGACAGGUCAUGAAAUUGCUGGAAUGUUGACCUUGAAGCAGUUAUACGAAAUAGCACUGGUGAAGUCUAAAGACGAAUCGUUUGUCCUUCGGGAUAUGCCAUUGAUGGAAGUGGUAAAGUGUCUCCAUGGCAGUGCCCGUUCACUGGGAAUCAAAGUUGUCCUGGACCUGUGCCCAGAAGAGUAUGGAAAGUUUCUAGAGGAGCGUCAAACUACCCUUCAAGCUGCGGCCGCAGCUCGACUAGAAGAGGCUGCAGCAACUAAGAAGAAGUGAUGUGACAAAAUGAACUCAAGCACUAUUAUGUUACAGAAAGCCAUGUUCUCUGCUGCUGUGAAUCAUUUUGUACAAACUGCAGCCUAGUGACUGUACAGCAUUCUAUUGUAAUGAAGAUUGUAUGGAGAUGAUAUCAGUACUUCAUAUCUAGUGUAAUAAAGAAGGGUAUCACAAGGUUGAACAUUUUUCUAU